AUGAACAUAGCAAAUGAACGGGGGAUACAAUCUAGUACAGUUGAAGAGUAUAUUCCUCUUGAAACCUUUGGCAAACUGGACUCUAUGGAGGAAUCAAAUAGAUUAUUUAAUGCCGAUGGAACGGACUUGGAGUCGGAUGUAGUAGAUCACCUUGAAGGUGAAGAUGAAGAUGAAGAUGAAGAUGACGACACGUAUUAUCCAUUUGAUGAUCCCUAUGAUAAAAGAUCAACUGUUUCAAAAUGGUUUAGUCUCAUAGUUAAAGGGCCAUGCAAUCCGAGAGAUGAGGCUCCUGGCUCUAUUAAAGCACUCCAAUACAUAGAAGACAUUCCAACCAAAUUCCGUCAUGGUGUUCUGCCCAAGAUCCGAUUAGCAUUAUUGGUGGUUUAUCUAAUGAUGUGGAUGCUUGUGGUUUACCACUCCUUAAUAUCGUAUUUAACGUUGGCUCCGUCUUCUUCCGAUGAUACACCUAUUCUCAUUCUAGACUGUGGAGGAGAACCGUUAUUCUGGAAGGGUAAAAACAAUCAGUGUGGUCUUGACGGCAAAGGAUGUCCAUCAUUGGCAGAUAGUGAAGAUGUCAUCAUACGGUGUCCUGCUUUGUGUGAAAGAGAAAGCUACACCUUCUCCUUCUUACCUGUGGGGGACCAAAUGAUAAAAUAUAGAGGCUACUAUAUUGGAGGUGGUGCGGUCCAAUCAGAUUCAAAGAGAGAGUUCAAUGCCCAGCAACUAUCAAACCCUUAUAGGGCCGAUUCGUAUCCAUGUGGAGCUGCUGUUCAUGCUGGAGUAGUCUCCUCGUAUGUUGGAGGAUGUGCUAGGGUUUCCUUUGGGAGUAAAGGGAGAGGAAGUUUCCCUGGCACCAAAGCUUAUCACAAAGGGCUAUCGUCUGUUUCGUUUGAUUCGUUCUUCCCCAGUUCCUACUACUUCAAGAAGUUGUAUCCUGAUGAAAGCUAUGUCUUUAGUCAAUGUAAGGAUCCUCGGUUCAUGGUGUUGGCCAUUAAUGUUUUGUUGGGAGUACCCAUAGUCUUUAUGGCCAGUGGGGCAGUCAUGUUCUGGACCAUGAGUGUUGUUGCGUUUUGGACUAUAUGUAUGGCUACAGAUCCACCUAUGAAAGUUGAAGCUGCUGAUCCGGAAACUUUGGCUAACUUGAUGUCUUUAAGCUUAGGAAGAUUCUUGCCAACUUGUUGUAUCCUUAGUGUUCUUUGGAAGUGUUCCAUAGAACGAACGUUGGGCAAAUCUGAAGACCACGACGCGGAUCCAGAUCCAAGAUCUCCUCUACAAAGACUUGUAUUGUGGUACCCUUUGUUCUGGGUUGGAGUGUUGAACAACUUAACUUUUGAUAGACUUCAUUUGGACAGAUUCACAUGGACAGAUUUGAAACUGCAACCGGGUUCAAUGGCUGUUGGUGUGACAUUAACUGUUGUGGUCGCCAUCUGUUGUUGUGUUCAAGCGUAUCAUAUUUGGAGAUCUGGUCGAUUUAUCCAUACAUUAUUGAUAUAUGUUUGUUUUGUAGUUGGGUUAAUUCUUAUUGGUUGUUUACCGGGUUUAACGUUAAGAAUCCAUCAUUAUAUUCUUGCGAUGCUCUUAAUACCGGGCUGUGCUACCCGUGGUCGAACAGCCCUCCUAUUCCAAGGCUUAUUAUUGGGACUCUUCAUCUCCGGGGCCUCUAGAUGGGGGUUGGCUUCCAUAGCGGAGACCACUAGAGUGCUACUUCGAGAUGAUCCUAUUGGAACCAUUGAGCCUCCGUUGCUCGUCGCCUUUGACUCGGUUACAGGACUCUUGAGCUGGACUAGCAGUCAAGCCGUCAAUACUGUAAAGUACCAAAAUUACUACGAUGGUAUAGCUUUGAUGAUCAACGACGUUGAAGCAUACAUUGGACUCAAUGAAGGUUCAUUGAACUUGACAGCGUUGCUAACAACGGAGACUUAUGGAAGUUUACUCAAGCUUUCCCUUAACGAUACUCAAGCUUUAGAUGCAAAUCAGGAUGUACUGGUGUAUCUUCGAAUAGCCAUGAAGAUCAUCGAUGAGACUACUAUUCAAACGGCUAAAGCCAUGGGGUUACCCAUUUGGAGAGGUACAUCUGAUGCCACUAUUUACAGCGCACCGGAAGUCAAUGCUCGGUGGUUUUAUGCUACAGACGUACCAGAAUCCAAACCAGUGUGGACUGACUACACCAAGGAGCUGGACCCCACCAAGUUUGUGGAGUUUUCUAAGGGAGACUCUGCCAGAUUAGAGACGUCAUAUUCGAAGUUUCGAACCUCGGGGAAACCGCUUUACACUGGAGUUAGCGAAGACAAAUUGUUACAAGUGAAUCAUGAUACUUUGGAACUAGAACCCGUUUAUUGGGAAGGCCCAAUCUACGAAGUCAGAAGAGGGAUUUGGUUUGACCAUAAUAAGCUUCCACUCUCUGGUGAGUUGACCAGUAAGAUUGAAGCACUGUACCAGAAGCUUAAACCGUAUGAGUUUAAAGAUGAUGAGGAGGAAGCCAUGGAUGCUUCAGAGGUUGUUGAGAAAUCAUUAGCCAGAAUUAAAGGUCAAUUGGAAGAAGUAAGAGCAAAGCAUCACCAGUUGUAUAAAGUGGAUGAACAACCAGAUAUGGCCGAUCUCGGGAAUGGGAAAUAUGUUUUAUUCUUUAAUGAAUCUGAAGCCGUGAUGUUCCCUUCCACCAUCAACAACAGCUUCCAAUUGGAUAUCAUUCGGAACUUUGGGAAUUCAGGUUCCAAUUUGUCGUUGUUGGAGCUAGAGCUGAUUAGUCGGGGUUUGGAUUGUUCUCUGUCGAAGUCUAUACGGAGUUUACCUGAGGAUAUUGCCAAUCUUUACCACAGUUUAAUGGCUGAUGAAGAUACUAAGAGUAGUGAAACUGAAGCUGAAGCUGGACCUGACGAACAGCUGGCUAAAAAUAAUGAAGAUAACGAAAGACUUCAAAAGUCAAUGGAAGAAGAUUAUAAUCUUUCUGUUGAUACUUCGGAUAGAGAAAUUGACCAUUUGGUUUUAUGUGUUCACGGGAUUGGUCAAAUCUUGGGGAUAAGAUAUGAAUCUGUUAAUUUCGUUCACAGUGUCAAUGUGUUACGGAAAACUAUGGCUAAUGUCUUUUCUGCUAAUGAAACAAAGAAGGAUAAGGACGAACAGCAGAAUUUAAAUAAUAAAAUUCAAGUGUUACCUAUUUCUUGGAGACAUGGGAUUGAGUUUACUCCAUACAAAAGGUUUCAAACAAAAAAUGCUGCUGGUCGAUUCUCCCUUCCAACAUUAGAAGAAAUCUCUGUUGAUGGAGUUAAACCAUUAAGAAAAAUCACAGGUGAUGUUGUCCUUGAUGUACUCUUGUACUACGAAGCAAGAUACAUUAAACAAAUCUAUGAGAUUGUCACUACUGAAUUGAAUAGAGUCUAUUCCAAAUAUAUGGAGAUGAACCCUAAUUUCAAGGGCAAGGUACAUAUUAUGGGACAUUCACUUGGUUCAGCAAUAGUUUUCGAUAUUGCGUCAUUCCAGAAACCUACUAGACCAAAAGAACCUGAUUUGAAAAAGGACCUUUUGUUUGAUAUUGAAAACUUAUUUUGUGUGGGAUCCCCCGUGGGGAUCUUUCGGCUUUUAAGGCAAACCAAUAUUCGGCCUCGGUCAGAGGUGGAUAAGUCUUACGAUUUCCUGGACUCCUUUGGUAUGGUUUCUUCACCUAAAUGUCAAAACUUGUAUAACCUAUUCCACCCUUGUGAUCCAGUUGGGUAUCGUAUGGAACCCUUGAUUGAUCCUAUGUUGGGAGAAUAUAAAGUAGAUGAGGUUCCAUUUGCUAUAAAAGGAUUCAAUUCCCUGGUUCAAGACUUGCAAUCUUUAGGCAGUGAUGUGGCUGAGAGGUUUUUAAAGGCAGCUGGUUGGUUCAAGAGUUUCCAGUCGUCAGAAAAAAAGGUUUCUAAAGAAAAUAGUACAUUGGUAGAAGAUGAAAAUGCUUUAGGGGACAUUGUGUCAUCCUUGUUUAGCGUUGAAAGCAAAUCUUCAAGUCAUAGUGGGAAGAAAAGUCUUCAAAAGAAAUCUUUAUCUCCAUCACUACAAAAGACUCUUGGAGAUUUGAAUAAGAAUAAUGGUAGAGUUGAUUAUUUAUUGCCUAUGGGAAUGUUUGAUUUUUCUAUCAUCAUGGCAUUGAAAGCCCAUGUUUCAUACUUUGAAGAUGAAGAUGCUGUUGGGUUUAUUAUGCGUGAAGUAUUAAAGAGUAAUAAGUGA